AUGAAAAAUUGGUUCAAAAAGACAGAGGUCAUUGUUAUUGGUCUCUUGGCUUUACUGUGCUUAGAUAAAGCGCAGGCUACUCAGCAAAAUGAUAUCGGCUUUAUAGACAUAACACCCAACUAUGACUUAGUGUCGCCUUUUCGUUUAAAGGGAACCAAGGAAGACGAGUGUCCUCCUUGUUUCAACUGUAUGCUGCCUGGUUUUGAGUGCCUUCACUUUGCUAAUUGUUCCGAAUACGAUGGCAAGUGUAACUGUCCUCCUGGUUUUGGUGGAGAGUCUUGUAAACAACCUCUAUGCGGUGGUUUAGAUGAAGGAAGAAACCGAUAUCCUAGAGAAAACGGAACAACUUGUGAUUGUCCUGAUGGUUGGGAAGGCAUUAAUUGUAAUGUAUGUACAAGUGAUUCUGUGUGUGAUUCCCUAGUGCCCACAGGUACUAAUGGUACUUGUUAUCGUGGUGGUCUUACUGUAUAUGAAAAUCACCAAAUGUGUAAUGUUACGAAUCGCAAGAUUUUAGAUCAACUCAAGGAUCAAAUACCCCAAGUUACUUUCUCUUGUAACAAGAAUCAGGCUACUUGUGACUUCCAAUUCUGGGUGGAUCAAAUUGAGUCGUUUUAUUGUCAUUUAGACAAGUGCGCUUUUGAUCAAACUCACGAAUAUGACAAAAACACAACAAAAUACAGCUGCGAAACAAUUGACUGUCGUUGUAUUCCUGAUGAAAUGCUGUGUGGAAAAGAUGGAUCCAUUGAUCUUACAGAUUUACUCAAAGAUGAAAUCAAGGGCCCUGCUUCUUUCAAAUGUAACGGCAAAGAUUGUGCAUUUUCUGAACCUGCCAUGGACGAUUUAAUUUCAGCAGUCUUUGGUGAUGACUCCAUUUUCUUGUCAUGUAAUUCAGGUGAAUGUCUUCACUACACCAUGGUUCCAGGAUUUGAACGUGGAGAAAGACCUAUCAACUGGGUGAUGAUUGGAAGUGGGUUAGGCGGCGUUACAGUAUUUUUGAUCAUAGUUUCGUCUAUUGUGAACUAUCUUGCUCGAGACUCCACCAAGCAUACUCAAAUUCAAUUGGCUGAUGAUGAAGCAGGAAAAUUAAUGUCAGAACAUACACCUGUCGAUCUCACUUUUCACAACAUUGGCUAUACACUACCUACAACAAAAAAACCCAUUCUCGAGAAUGUCACAGGUAGAGUAGAAUCAGGUCAAGUCAUGGCUAUCAUGGGUCCUUCUGGUGCAGGCAAGACUACACUGUUAGAUAUCCUUGCCAAUCGUACAAAAUCAGGUCAGGUUGCUGGUCAGAUUUAUGUGAAUGGUCGUCCCAUCGCUCGUGAUGCCUAUGCUACACUUAUUGGCUAUGUAGAUCAGGAAGACAUUAUGAUUCCCACAUUGACUGUUUAUGAAACUAUCCUUUACUCUGCUUUACUGCGUUUACCUCGAUCCAUGAGUAAUGAAGCAAAAAAAUUUAGAGUGAUGGAAGUCAUGCAAGAGCUGAAUAUUGAUAGCAUAAAGGACAGCAAGAUUGGACAUGCAGACGAUCGCUCAAUUAGUGGCGGUGAACGCAGAAGAGUUGCAAUUGCUUGUGAAUUGGUGACCUCACCCUCAAUUUUAUUCUUGGAUGAACCUACAAGUGGUUUGGAUGCGUACAAUGCGUACAAUGUGAUUGAAUGCUUGGUUACUUUGGCACGCAAUUACAAGCGUACAGUUGUCUUUACUAUUCAUCAGCCAAGAUCUAAUAUCGUCACAUUAUUUGAUCAUUUGGUCUUGUUGGCUAAGGGGCACACUAUUUACUCUGGAUCUCAAGCCCAUACACAAGGAUACUUUAGUUCUAUUGGCUACAGCUGCCCAUCUGGUUUCAAUAUUGCGGAUUAUUUGAUCGAUUUAACAAUGGGCGCUAUCAAACAAGAUGGCCAUGAAAUCAGUUCUCAAGCAGUAAAUGUUAUUGUAGAAGAUGGGGAAGAUGCAGUACAAAAUAACACCGAUGGGCUCACACCUCAUUUGCGAAAACUAACUCAACAAUACGAACAAAGUUCAGUUGGCACUGAGUUACGUGAAGAAGUUCAGCAACUCUUAUUGGAUCAGAGCAGUGCAAGCAGUAGUAACGAAGUUGAAUCAGGUGAUACAACUAUCAUUACUUCACACAAACGACCCAGUUGGCUCACUCAAUUCCAUAUUUUAUCAUCAAGAACAUUCAAGAAUCUUUACCGUAACCCUAUGUUGAUGUUUGCCCAUUAUGCUAUCGCCGUUGUACUUGCCUUGAUCUGUGGUGGAUUAUUCUACCAAGUUUCAAACACAAUUGCAGGUUUCCAGAACAGGAUGGGUCUAUUCUUCUUCUUUGAAGCUCUGCUUGGUUUCAUGUGUUUAACUUCUUUGCAAGUAUUCUCAACUGAACGUAUUCUUUUCAUUCGUGAACGUGCUAAUGGUUAUUACUCACCUGGUACUUAUUUCUUUGCCAAAGUUUUGUUUGAUAUCAUCCCAUUACGUGUUGUACCUCCAUUGAUGAUGGGCUUGGUUUCUUAUUAUAUGGUUGGUCUGGUCGAAGGUGUACCUCAAUUCUUCAAGUUUUUGCUUGUCUUGGUCUUGUUUAAUUUGACUGCUGCUGCUCUUUGUUUAGCUAUUGGUGUUGUCUUCAAAAAUCUGUCAAUGGCAAAUCUGUUGAGUGUCUUGGUCAUGUUGUUUUCUAUGCUUUUUGCAGGUUUAUUGCUCAACAAAGAUAGCAUGCCUCCAUGGUUCUCUUGGCUCAAAUAUCUUUCAUUCUUUAAUUAUGGUUUGGAAGCAUUAUUAGUGAACGAAAUGCUCUAUUUACAGCUUGUCGAGGAACGCUUUGGAUUAAGCAUCGAUGUACCUGGUGCAACUAUUUUAUCGACAUUUGGUUUUAACGCAAAACAUUACUGGAACGAUGUCAUUUGCUUGGCUUCCAUGUUCACUGGAUUAAUUGCAUUUGCAUUUAUUUGGCUUGUUUUUGUCGUAAAGGAAAAGCGAUAA